ACCUUCACCUUCUAAUAACAUGCCUCGGCGAAACGGGAUCUGACAGAUCAUUAGAGUGCACAGGAGAGAGUGUUUUGUUCUAGCCUAAAAACAAGAUGUCGUUUAAAACGUUACCUUUGCUUUUCAUAAACCUUGGCGGUGAAAUGAUUUACAUUUUGGAUCAGCGACUGCGAGCUCAGAAUAUAGCGGAUGAAAAAGCAAAGAAAGUUUUACAUGACAUCAUUGCAACAAUGUACCACAAGAGGUUCAUGGAGGAACUGUUUAAGCCUCAGCCACUGUAUUCUAAGAAGGCCAUGAGGACAGUGUUUGACCGAUUGGCCCAUGCAUCCAUCAUGAGGCUAAACGCUGCAAGCAUGGACAAGCUGUAUGACUUGAUGACGAUGGCAUUCAAGUUCCAAGUGUCACUGAGUCUGCGCCCCAAAGACAUAAUUCUCACCACACUUAACCACAUAGAUGCCAUAAAGAGCCUACUGGAUGGUGCUCCUCAGGUACAACAACAAGUGGACCAUGUCUACCGGCUACUCAUUGAGACGUUUGGAUCUUUGUCACUAGGAGAGUUCCAGCUUAUACGACAAACACUAUUAAACUUCUUUCAAGACAUGCAUAUUAGGGUAUCUAUAUUCUUAAAAGACAAAGUACAGAGCAGUAAUGGCAGGUUUGUGUUACCAGACAGUGGCACAUUACCAUGGAAAACAGAGUCACCAGGGACUAUAAGGCUUUAUGAUGCUAGUGGUAAUGUUAGAAACACCAGCCAGUUCCCAGCGAAUGGAAACUUUGUCCCUGCUCUACAGGAAGGCUCCUUUGAUAUCAAGGGCAGUCGGGUCACAAAAUUAGGAACAAAUAUGUACAGUGUUGUAAGAACAGUGGAAACCAUCAGCUCUGGAGUACAGCGACGACAGGCCAACGUAGUGUCCGAUAUCGUAAGAAUCAGCUCUGGAGUACAGCGACGACAGGCCAACGUAGGGUCCGAUAUCGUAAGUAUCAGCUCUGGAGUACAGCCACGACAGGCCAACGUAGUGUCCGAUAUCGUAAGUAUCAGCUAUGGAGUACAGCGACGACAGGCCAACGUAGUGUCAGAUAUCGUAAGUAUCAGCUCUGGAGUACAGCCACGACAGGCCAACGUAGUGUCCGAUAUCGUAAGAAUCAGCUCUGGAGUACAGCGACGACAGGCCAGCGUAGAGUCCGAUAUCGUAAGUAUCAGCUCUGGAGAACAGCGACGACAGGCCAACGUAGAGUCCGAUAUUGUAAGUAUCAGCUCUGGAGUACAGCGACGACAGGCAAACGUAGUGUCCGAUAUCGUAAGUAUCAGCUAUGGAGUACAGCGACGACAGGCCAACGUAGUGUCAGAUAUCGUAAGUAUCAGCUCUGGAGUACAGCCACGACAGGCCAACGUAGUGUCCGAUAUCGUAAGUAUCAGCUAUGGAGUACAGCGACGACAGGCCAACGUAGUGUCAGAUAUCGUAAGUAUCAGCUCUGGAGUACAGCCACGACAGGCCAACGUAGUGUCCGAUAUCGAGUCCAACACCCCAGAUCCUUUAGCCAAAGCCCAGCUAGACCUCCUCAGCACGCUCAUCGGGGGGAGAAAAUCUGCCUCCAAACAGGAGAUCCGACUUAACCUCUUCAAUAACGACCAGGAGGAGGAUGAUGCUGCAGAGGCUACCAUGAAACCUAUAGAAAUGGCCGAGUCCAAAGUGGUCAAAAUUGAUGCCUCUAAGAAACAGAGAGGUGCAGAGUUGAAUAAAAUAAUGGGGGAGCUGAACGUUCAGGACAGUGCAUCUCACGACGAUGAUUUACUGGACCUAAUGGACAGUGCGUAACUCUCUCACAAUGGUGCCUCUCCUUGAUCUCACAAACAUUUCAUCUGUUCUGUCUUACCCCAAGCUUAUUUGACUACAUAUCACCAUUUUAAAUAAGCAUUUGCCUAAAAUGUGAUAUUGUUAUUUGACAACGGUUUUCAUUGGUCGGAUGAAAAACCUUCUGGUGUAUUGUGAUUGAAAUGAAAUGUACAUUCUCCAUGUUAUUACCUUGUGUUAAAAACAUUACAUUUCUGUAAUUUCUUAAACAACUUUUACUACUAUAUUGAUUUUCAAACUGUUCUGUCAAGUGUACUAUAUUUUGGAAUUUGGAGUUGUUACGUGUUAAUUAAUGGACAAUAGAAACAGAACACAUACGGAUAAUCUUGUCAGUCAACAGUCGCUGGCAGUAUAUGCAUGGUAGACCACUUCUCAAUGAAAUGUUGAUCCAUGUGUAAUUGUAAGUGUACUUCUCAUAUCUGAUGGGUAAAAAUAGGUUUUACUUCAAGCGAAAGGGGUAAGUUUUUACUUGAACUGUGAGAAUUCUUAAUUUUUGAAACACCAAGCAACAGACACAUAUUUUGCCACUAGCUUGGCUAGCUUUCUCUUAUUUUUGUUAGUGUUAGGUACCUGGUAGUUUAAUUCCGAAUAUUAUUGGUUGUUGCCCAUAUGGAAAAAGUUUUUUUUUUUUUUUUUAGGUUUUAUGGUGAAGUUUCAGUUCAGCUGUAACAUCUUUUGAUAAAUCCUGCCUCUAUAAAAAGCUUGUAGGAUGUGACUCCAAACAUUAAAUUACCGCAAGUGUUUUAUUGUAACGACUGACUCAGUCGACAGAUUCCAUAAGUUGUGCCCAGAGUAUAUUUUAUGCCUGCAAAAUGCCAUUUUUGAAUGCAUAAUUGGUAUGCAGACUUUUUCACUCUUAGAAGUAAUUUAGUAAAACCUUAAUGAUACGUGUACACAGCUGAACUGCAGCACCAGUAGACAAAGAAUCACUUCACUAGUACAUGUAGUAAAACUGACAGAUCAGGUUACUUAAUGUUAUGUAAUGUUAGUGUGGUAUUUUACUUAGUUCCAUGUAAGUUCAACUUUUGACAGGCUAUACUUUUUUUUGACUUGUAGAAAGUUUGUUUCGUAUACAUUAUACCUGUAUUAGGUAAUUUAGGAUCAUGUACAAUGUAAACGGAAAUAGUGUUUGUUUUUUUCUUUGCAAUAAGUGUAGGUUUAGUUUAAAUUAAAAGGAAUCAGACACAAGUUAAUUAAAUCCUAUAAGAUAACUUAGAUAACUUCUUUUUCAUCAAAUACUUACACAUUGUAUAGUUUGUUAGACUCAAUAUUUAUAUUUGAGUUAGAAAAUAUGUAACAGUCUCAGAUUAUUUGGUUAUAAAUCAAAAUGAAUACUGAUGUCAGAAUAAAUUGAUUUAAAGAGAUUUUUACUUUCACCAAUUUUAGAUAAACAAUAUACAGCAUAAAAGAUACAGAUGGAUAAAAAUGUUACGGUCUAUUAAGGACUAAACAUUUUAAACAUACAUGUACUGAUUAGUAUUAAGACAUGUCACUAUUAAUAUUCUUGAUAAACGUUUCAGAAUGUUAAAAAUUAAACUAUAUAUGGUACAGAAUUAUAUAACUCAUGAAAAUAAGAUUUUUGAAUGGUUAUAAUUGAAUUGACCAGUAGCAAUGUACGCCACACAAUGAAACACAUACAGGCAUAACAUGAAAACUCAGGGGAACAUUUCCAAUUGUGUUGAGAAUUUAUGAAAGCCAAAAUUAGUUUAUCAACAAUUGAUAGAACCAACUGUGAUUUGAGUAAAUUUGAUAUUUUUGUAUGUUAUGGUUGAAUUGUUGACAGCAAUUUUGCUAAACUCAUACUGCAUGCAGGCCUGAAGUCAUGUAUUUGAUUGAAAUGGUCGUUGGUGUUACAUGAUCAUCUCACUAUCCUCUGAUACACAUGUAGCUUAUACUCAAGAAAUGGUUGUGAUUUGCAUACAUAUUACUGAACCCUUGGAUAGGCAUCUUCAAGUAUCAGUUUCAAGUUUAUGGCAUGAUGAAGUAUUGUGUGGUGUAUGAUAAGUGUCUUGUUAUUACUACUGACACAGCUGUUGGAAAUUUAUCUCAAAUGUUGAAGUUCCAUAGUAAUCAUAUGAAUCACAUCUAGCCUAAGGAGCAUGAACCAGGUAAGUACUGCACUUGCUGUCUGAUCGAAAAAAGCAUUUCCUUUUUACUUAGAUCUUGUAACUGACAAAAGAUCUUUUAGAGGGUAAUGUUCUCAAGGGAAAAUUGAAAAAAUGUGUAUAAAUAGAAAUAUGAGUUUCAUAAAUGUUAAGUUGUAGUAACUGAAUAUAAGUGAGUGUAAUGUUUCAAUUUGGAGGAUUGAGGAAGCAUUAUAGUUUUUUUGUAUUUCUACAUCAUUGUGAUAUAUUUGUGAAGACAAAUCCUUGUGUUGUGGUCAAAUAUUAAGAAAAACAUGCAUAUACAAUAUGAAUAUUUUUUAUAGAUUUUUUGCACACAAGAUUAUAUUAUUUAAAUUGUGUUUGCAAUGCAAUGGCUAAGGUUGACACAACAACUGUUUUAUGACUGGUUAAUGGCUAAUAUAGCACAUAAAUGUGAUUAAAAGUUUGAUUUGGAAAACCUGUGAAUUUCAUUGCAUAGGGUGAAAAAACAACCAACCCAUUAAAGUUAGUGUAAAACUAACAACACUUAUUGGAUAGUCCCUGCUCCUCAUGGUCAUAUCACUUUGUUCUUGGGUGAUAUUAAUUGAGAUUGCUGCAACAUUAUAAUUCUUGCACUAUAUUUUGUUGUCACAACCGUGUUGGUAGCUUACAUUUUUUUAUUUCAAAAUAUACACAUACCAAGUGUGUCUAUUACUAGGAACAUUAUCUUACUUGAAACCAGAUAAAUACUGCUAAUAUCAUAAAUGACACAACAGUAAUACCUGGUUAAUGAUAACAUUUUUUUUUACAAUUUCUUUUUCAUUUACAGAUCUUCUUAGGCCUAUCCAUGUUGAUAAUGGCAAUUUACUAUGUGCCUUACGCUUAUUUAUAAUAGCCUUUUGUAUUGGACUUGAUAUUUAUUUUGUAUCAGCCUUUACCUGUACCUCAAACAUUUUACCUGUGACCUCUAACCUUCACCUUCUCUUCCUUCACCUCAUACUCAUAUAGCUUGGCUUCUCUGAUCAUAUUAUACGGCCGACUCACUAUAUUCUUUUGCUUUUAAAUAUUCUGCCAUACUCUAAAACCAUUCCCACUAGUUGCAGAAUGUUUGAUACUUUAUGCUAGGACGAUUGGACCAGGAAAAGAAUUAAUUUUCACAUUGCAGAAAAGCAUUCAUUUUCAAAUUUGUUGUGGUUUGUCUGAAAAGUUGUGAAUUAAGUGAAUCAUAAAUUUGUUUCAUUUCUUUCAAAACUUAAGUGAAAUGUUAGGGUUAUAUAUAUAUAGUAUCAGUCUUCUGCAUUUUCUUUCUGCGUUUCUUUCUGUAGUGACGUGAUAGUAGUGUGAGCUACACUGUAUGUAUAUACUAUGAUCUUUGUUAUAAGUGUUAGAUGUGUCUGUUAGUAUGAACAUUGGAGAUCUCUUUCCUGUUUAUAUUGUUAACGUCUUUAUAACUGUUAGUGAAAUAAAGGAUGAAGGAGUGUAGGAAUCAUUAAUAUAGCUCAAUGUUAUGUAGGUAUCAAAAUAACGAGAUCUGAUAGUGGCCUAUGUUACUGUAGGUGACAAUUCACUUAAGUAUCAUUGAAUAUCAAAUGUUUGUAAUGUGCCUGUGUUUUUGUGAUAAGUCCGUCCAGAAAUUGAAGCGCUUGACUUUUCAUUUUGAUAUUAUAUUUUUGUAUUGGUUGCAUGCUUCAUAGUGUCAGAAACUUGUUUAAAUAUUUCAGACAUUAUAGAUUAAUUAUGAUAUUGCAUAUAUAUAAAUUUUACAGGAGGUGUUCUUGGACAAAAAAUUCUUUAUUCCACAAUAUUUCUCUCAAAUGAAAUAUUACUUAAGAUUUUGUAGUGUUGAACUCGAUUAUAUGAAAGACCUUUUUUUGUGUGUGUAUGCGUCACAUUUUUUGAACAUUGGAUAAUUCUAAAAAGUUAAAAACCUUAUUUGCAAAUGUUGUUUUAAUUAUCAUUUAACCCUUUUUUGUCAUGUAUCUUAAACAAUUUUUUCAUGUAAAAACAAUUAUAUCAAAAUGCAUUUUGCAUAUAUACGAUAUACUGGCUUGAAUGAUAAAGUCACAUUUUAAGGUCGGGGGUUUAGACUGUGAACACAUCAUCAAAAACAACAGAUUUUAUAAUACUUUUGUGCAAUCAUUUGACUUUUAGUUAAGGGAUUAAUGUUAUUAUUCGAGAUGUAUGACAUGAAUGUUGAGAUUGUCAUUAAAUUGGUUCCUACAUGUA